ACCGGAUCCAGGAUCAGUCCGGGCCCGGUCCGGCUGCGGCACAAGAACCAGAGGCACCGGACCGAACCGGAACCACAACCAGCAGAACUCACUGUGCGAUGGAGACGCCCGGACGGCCGCCGCCGCCGCCGCAGCCAUCCGGCACGGUGAAGCGGCGGCGCUGGGGCGGCCUGAGGCAGCAGUGGAAACUUCUGGGUCUGUUUGAGAUCGACCAGCAGCACGACUUCUACGGCCUGACCUGCAGGAUGAAGGAGGGCCUGGCUGCAGCCAUACACACCUCCACACACACACCGGCAGCGAACGACCUUUCAGACGACGACUUCAGAUCCAAGGUCACACAGGUGCACAAGGACUUCUCGCUGGAGACGUUCGGCGGCCCGGUGUUCGCCGCUCUGCGCGCGUCGCUAGGAAUCACAGAGGACGAGUAUCUGCAGUCUCUGUGCUCAGAAAGCUGCUACCUGCAGUUCAUUAGCAACUCCAAGAGCAAAGCCGACUUCUUCCUGACAAAUGAUAAACGUUUUUUCUUGAAGACCCAAAACAAACGGGAGAUUAAAUUCCUUCUGUCCAACCUGAAGAUCUACGUAGAGCAUCUGAGGAAGUUCCCACAUUCACUGCUGGUCAAGUUCUUAGGAGUUCACCGGAUCCGGAUCCCGCCCGGUCAGAAGAAAUAUUUCAUCGUGAUGCAGAGCGUCUUUUAUCCGGACGAACGCAUCAACGCCCGGUAUGACAUCAAAGGCUGCGAGGUGAGCCGGUGGACGGACCCGGCGCCGGAGGGCAGCCGGAUCAUUGUGGUUCUGAAGGACCUGAACUUUGAAGGCCAGGUCAUCACGCUGGAUCGGCAGCGCUCCUGGCUCGUCCAGCAGGUGGAGAUCGACACCGGCUUCCUGGAGCGGCUCAACGUUCUGGACUACAGCCUCCUGCUGGCCCACCAGCCGCUGCACCACGACGAGCGGAACCAGAACCUGUCCUUCGCCUCGCUCAUCGUCAGAACCAAGAAGUCCGUGAACCCCGGGUCCAGCCCGAUCCAAGGCGGAGUUCCUGGAGCGGUUCUGAAUGACGACGCCGGACCGGAACCGGACUCGGGCUUGACGUCGUCCCAGGACCGAGACGACUCGUCUCGGACGAGUCCGCGCCCCGCCGGGUCCGGCGCCGACUCGCCCGACAUUCCGGACUUCAGGGCCCAGAACCGGCGCCUGCUGCCGAACCUGAAGAACCCGCUGCACGUCAUCGACGGACCCGAGCAGCGAUACUUCAUCGGCAUCAUCGACGUUUUCACCGUUUACAGCCUGAAGAAACGGCUGGAGCAUCUCUGGAAGAGCCUGAGGCAUCAUGGCCGCUCCUUCUCCACCGUCAGCCCGCAGGAGUACAGCCGCCGCCUGCGGCGCUGGGUCCAGGACCACACUGCCUAGACCGGACCGGAACCAGGACCACACCGCCUAGACCGGACCGGAACCAGGACCACACCGCCUAGACCGGACCGGAACCACACCGACUGGACCGGACCGGAACCAGGACCACACCGCCUAGACCGGACCGGAACCACACCGCCUACACCGGACCGGAACCAGGACCACAACGCCUAGACCGGACCGGAACCAGGACCACACCGCCUAGACCGGACCG